AUGAUGCGAAUUGUGCCUAUCGCCACUCGACAGUCGAGAAGGCUUCUAUCUCGGGGCAACACAACAGUUAUCAAUGUUAAAAAGGCUCAGAACUCACGAAAAGCCUCCUCAGUCACAGCAGCUCAAGUACCAGCAGUAACACCAAUCACCUCGGUUGGAGCUGUACCAGUUGGAGAUUCAAAUGGAAACUUCAGUACCAAAUCUCGUAAACAUCACAUGUCUAUUAAUACACGAACUGAACUUAAAAAUGCUGAGCGUAUUGUUGUAAAACUUGGAAGUGCUGUCAUCACACGUGAAGAUGAAUGCGGCCUAGCACUAGGUAGAUUAGCUUCAAUCGUUGAACAGGUAUCUGAGCUUCAACAAGCUGGACGUCAAAUGUUAAUUGUCUCUUCUGGAGCUGUCGCUUUUGGACGACAAAAACUUCGUCAGGAACUUGUCAUGAGUAUGAGCAUGCGUCAAACGCUUAGUCUUAGGGGUCCUUCGGGAAUGGCAGCAGAUAAACGUGCUUGUGCUGCAUCUGGAAUGCCAGGCUUAAUGUCCUUAUACGAACAACUGUUCCAACAAUAUGGAAUAACCGUUGCUCAAGUUUUAUUAACAAAGCCAGACAUCGAUGAUCCUCAAAGAAGAAAAAAUCUCCAAGCAACUAUUGAAAGCCUUCUCUCCCUCAAUAUUAUUCCAAUUGUUAAUGCAAAUGAUGCUGUUGCUCCAGAUCCAAAACUUAAUAUGCACAUAUCUGACAAUGACUCCCUCGCUGCUCGUUUGGCAUCUGAAAUUGAAGCAGAACUUCUCAUUAUUCUUUCAAAUGUUAAUGGAGUGUAUACAGGUCCACCUGAUAUGGAAGGUUCACGUCUUUUGCACACAUUUGUCCCCAGUGAAAGUGCUCAUGUAGUAUUCGGAGCAAACAGCAAAUUCGGUACAGGAGGAAUGGAGAGCAAAGUUCAAGCCUGUGUCCAUGCUUUAGAGAACGGCGUAACAACAGUUAUCACCAAUGGGUUAUCUCAAAACGCUAUAACUGAGGCUGUUGCUGGAAAGAAAAUCGGAACAAUGUUCUGCCGCACUCACAGUCAUGAGGGACCUCCAACAGAGGAAGUUGCUUCAAAAUGCCGAGAUGCUGGAAGACAAUUAUCGAGACUAUCUAACUCCGAGAGAGCUGCUAUGGUCCGUCAUUUGGCUGGCCUCCUGGUCACAAGAGAAAACGAUAUCCUUGAAGCAAACAGAGCUGAUAUGAAUAUUGCCAAAGCCAACGGAUUGGAACCUGCUUUAUUGAAUCGUCUGAAGAUGACUAAAGCCAAGAUUAAUGAUCUCCAUAGUGGGUUGUUAACCAUUGCUGAUUCAGCUGAAACUCUAAUAGGAAGAACGCUCAGAAAAGUUAAAGUAUCUGAUAAAUUGUAUUUGGAACAAGUCACCGUACCCAUCGGAUCAUUGAUGGUUAUCUUCGAGUCUCGACCAGACUGUCUCCCACAAGUAGCUAGUUUGGCCAUGGCUUCUGGUAACUCUCUUCUGUUGAAAGGAGGAAAAGAAGCUGAUGAAAGUAACCGCAUGCUUCACAGCAUUGUUCAAGAAGCUCUUGGUACUCAUGGAUAUGAAAUGAGAGACGCCGUAACACUAGUUAGAAGUCGCGAAGAUGUAGCUGAACUUCUUCAAUUGAAGGAUAUGAUUGACUUAGUCAUUCCACGUGGAUCUUCUGAUUUAGUUCGAACUAUGCAGGAGAAAAGCAAGGGAAUUCCAGUUCUUGGGCAUGCUGAAGGAAUUUGUCACGUGUAUAUUGAUAAGGACUGUGAUGAACAAAUGGCUCUGGACAUUGUGAGGGAUUCAAAAUGUGACUAUCCUUCAGCUUGUAAUGCUGUUGAAACUAUUUUGAUUCACAGAGAUCUUGUUAACACUCCAUUCUUUGACCAACUAUGUGGAAUGUUCAAGACUGAAGGAGUCAAAAUACACGCCGGACCCAAACUUCAAUCUAUGCUCAAGUUCGGUCCUCCACUUGCCGAGAGUUUGAAGUUCGAAUACGGAUGUUUAGAAUGCACCCUUGAGGUUGUUGAUAAUACAGAUGAUGCUGUAGCUCAUAUCAUCCGAUAUGGAUCAGGCCAUACUGAAUCUAUUGUUACAAACAACGACAGUACAGCCGAAUACUUCCUCAGACAUGUGGAUAGUGCAUGUGCUUUCCACAACUCGUCUACACGGUUUGCUGAUGGUUAUCGUUUCGGACUCGGGGCCGAAGUUGGAAUCUCAACUGGACGCAUUCAUGCUCGAGGACCAGUAGGAGUCGAUGGUCUUUUAACCACUAAAUGGAUAUUAAGAGGAGAAGGACACACUGUUCAAGAAUUCAAAGAAGGUGGCAGAUACAAAUACCUUCAUGAGUUGAUCAACCCAAAUGAAGUAUUUCGAUCGUUGGCUGCUGCAGCUGCUGCAGAUAAUGCUAAUUAA